CCGCUCCAGCCCGCUGCCAGCCCCGGCCUCGGAUCCGCUGGGCCCCUUUUCCAGCCGCGGCGUCCCAGUUCCCCUCGGGCCGCCGCAGCCUUUGCCGCCCGGACCUGCACGCGCGCUGUGGGGGCGGCGCCUCUUCCGGGCCCCGCGAGGCCGCCCCGCCCCGCCCCGCAGAGACGCGCGCAGAGCUCGGGGACGAUGCUCCGGUGACGCUCCCGCGGCAGAUCCCGCGGGCGGGCGGGCGGGCGGGCGGCGGCAGGAGGAGGAGGGGCCGCAGGGCCGCGUUGCCCGGGCGACGCCACUCUCGCGGUACCUGACGGGCGCCACGAGGCCUGCUCCGGGACCGCCCCCCGCCUUGGGCGCCGCAGUUCUCGCGAGACUGGCCCGCUCAGGCCGCGCUGAGGUUGAGAAGAUGGCGGCGGCGGCGGCGGCGGCGGCGACCUCCACGGCGACGCUCUCGCUGGGGACGGAGCCCGUCAAGGUGGAAAAUGGGCAGAGCACAGCGGCCAAGUUGGGGCUGCCUCCCCUCACCCCAGAGCAGCAGGAGGCUCUUCAGAAGGCCAAGAAGUAUGCAAUGGAGCAGAGCAUCAAGAGUGUCUUGGUAAAGCAGACCAUCGCCCACCAACAGCAGCAGCUCACCAACCUGCAGAUGGCAGCAGUGACUAUGGGCUUUGGAGAUCCUCUCUCACCUUUACAAUCGAUGGCAGCUCAGAGGCAGCGGGCCCUGGCCAUCAUGUGCCGGGUCUACGUGGGCUCCAUUUACUAUGAGCUGGGUGAGGACACCAUCCGGCAGGCUUUUGCCCCCUUUGGCCCCAUCAAGAGCAUUGACAUGUCCUGGGACUCCGUCACCAUGAAGCACAAGGGCUUUGCUUUCGUGGAGUAUGAGGUGCCGGAAGCCGCUCAGCUGGCCCUGGAGCAGAUGAACUCUGUUAUGCUGGGAGGGAGGAACAUCAAGGUUGGGAGGCCCAGCAACAUUGGCCAGGCGCAGCCAAUCAUAGACCAGCUGGCAGAGGAGGCCCGGGCCUUCAACCGCAUCUAUGUGGCCUCCGUCCACCAAGACCUCUCAGACGACGAUAUCAAGAGCGUCUUUGAGGCUUUCGGGAAGAUCAAGUCGUGCACGCUGGCUCGGGACCCCACAACAGGAAAGCACAAAGGCUACGGCUUCAUUGAGUACGAGAAGGCUCAGUCCUCGCAAGAUGCCGUCUCCUCCAUGAACCUCUUCGACUUGGGAGGCCAAUAUCUCCGCGUGGGCAAAGCCGUGACUCCUCCCAUGCCGCUCCUGACACCAGCCACGCCAGGAGGCCUGCCUCCUGCUGCAGCUGUGGCAGCAGCUGCCGCCACAGCAAAAAUCACAGCACAGGAAGCGGUGGCCGGUGCAGCAGUCCUUGGAACACUGACAACGCCGGGGCUGGUGACCCCGGCACUUACCUUGGCACAGCCUCUGGGAGCCUUGCCGCAGGCGGUGAUGGCAGCUCAAGCCCCAGGGGUCAUCACAGGCGUGACCCCGGCUCGCCCACCCAUUCCGGUCACCAUUCCCCAGGUGGGAGUGGUGAACCCCAUCUUGGCCAGCCCGCCAACACUGGCCCUGCUAGAGGCAAAGAAGGAGAAAGAAGAGGAGGAGGUUUUCCAGGAGUCUGAGAGGCCAGAGAUGCUCAGUGAACAGGAGCACAUGAGCAUCUCGGGCAGCAGUGCCCGCCACAUGGUGAUGCAGAAGCUGCUUCGGAAGCAAGAGUCAACAGUGAUGGUCUUGCGUAACAUGGUGGACCCUAAGGACAUUGACGAUGACCUAGAAGGGGAGGUAACUGAAGAGUGUGGCAAGUUUGGGGCAGUCAACAGGGUCAUCAUCUACCAGGAGAAGCAGGGGGAAGAGGAGGACGCAGAAAUCAUUGUCAAGAUCUUCGUGGAGUUCUCCAUGGCCUCAGAGACCCACAAAGCCAUCCAAGCCCUGAACGGUCGCUGGUUUGCUGGCAGAAAGGUGGUGGCCGAGGUGUACGCUACCUCAGGAGAGGUUUCCACAACAGCUGCACUCCUCUCGGCAUGAACUCGGCGGACUUUUGCCCCUCCCCAGUCCCGUGUUUUCAGGGAAGCUACUGGGCCCACAUCGUAUUCUCCUGUGAUGUUCGUGUUGUUUUGGAUAAAAUACCAGGAAGACA